GCUGCGGGAUGCUCUCGCUGUACGAGGAACAGAACAGAGCGUACCCGGAUCGCGCACACGCUAGCCGCGGACCCUUCGGAACGGAGUAAGCUUGCCUGCCCCGCCAAGUCCCAUCUUCACCAUGGCUGCUGGAGAGAAGAUCAAAGCCAAAAUCAAGAAGAAUCUGCCCGUCAGGGGACCUCAGGCACCUACCAUCAAAGAGCUGAUGCAGUGGUACUGUCUGAACACCAACACCCACGGCUGCCGCCGCAUCGUGGUGUCCCGUGGCCGCCUCCGGCGCCUGCUCUGGAUUCUGUUCACACUCACAGCCGUGGCCCUCAUUUUCUGGCAAUGUGCCCUCCUCAUCUCAUCCUUCUACACCGUCUCUGUCUCCAUCAAAGUCCACUUCCAGAAGCUGGAUUUUCCUGCUGUCACCAUCUGCAACAUCAAUCCUUACAGGUACAGUGCCGUGCGGGACCUUCUAGCCGAUUUGGAAAAGGAGACCAGAGGGACCUUGAAGACCCUGUAUGGCUUUUCAGAGAUUACAUCUCGGAAGCGCCGAGAGGCAGAGUCCUGGAGUUCGGCCAGGGAGGGCACAGGGUCGAAAUUCCUCAACCUGAUCCCGCUGCUGGCUUUCGAUAAGGGUGAGACAAGCAAGGCAAGGGACUUCCGCACAGGACGGAAGCGGAAAGUCAGUGGCAGAAUCAUUCACAAGGCAUCAGACGUCAUGCAUGUCCAUGAGUCCAAGGAGGUGGUGGGAUUCCAGCUGUGUUCAAAUGACACAUCCAGCUGUGCAGUCUACACCUUCAGCUCGGGGGUUAAUGCCAUCCGGGAGUGGUACAAGCUGCACUACAUGAACAUCAUGGCACAGGUGUCUCCGGAGAAGAAAAUCAACAUGAGCUACUCUGCUGAGGAGCUGCUGGUCACCUGCUUCUUUGAUGGGGAGUCCUGUGAUGCCAGGAACUUCACACGUUUCCACCAUCCAAUGUAUGGGAAUUGCUACACAUUCAACAAUGGACAAAAUGAGACUAUCCUCAGCACCUCCAUGGGAGGCAGUGAAUAUGGGCUGCAGGUCAUCUUGUACAUAAACGAAGAGGAGUACAACCCCUUCCUGGUGUCCUCCACUGGAGCUAAGGUGAUUGUCCAUCGGCAGGAUGAGUACCCCUUCAUCGAGGAUGUGGGAACAGAGAUUGAGACGGCCAUGGCCACCUCCAUAGGGAUGCACCUGACGGAGUCCUUCAAGCUGAGUGAACCCUACAGCAAGUGCACGGAGGACUGGAGUGACGUGCUGAUCACGAACAUCUACAAUGCUACGUAUUCCCUCCAGAUCUGCCUUCACUCGUGCUUCCAGGCAAAGAUGGUGGAGAAAUGUGGGUGUGCCCAGUUCAGCCAGCCUCUACCUCGGGGAGCCAACUACUGCAACUACCAGCAGCACCCCAACUGGAUGUACUGCUACUACGAACUGCACCAGGACUUUGUCCGGGAAGAGCUGGGCUGCCAGGCGCUGUGCAAGGAAGCCUGCAGCUUUAAGGAGUGGACACUGACCACCAGUCUGGCGCAGUGGCCAUCUGAGGUUUCCGAGAAAUGGUUGCUGUCCGUUCUCACUUGGGACCAAGGCCAAAUAAAGAAAAAACUCAACAAGACAGACUUGGCCAAACUCUUGAUAUUCUACAAAGACCUGAACCAGAGAUCCAUCGUGGAGAGCCCUGCCAACAGCAUCGAGAUGCUUCUGUCCAACAUCGGGGGCCAGCUGGGCCUGUGGAUGAGCUGCUCCGUCGUCUGCGUCAUUGAGAUCGUCGAGGUCUUCCUCGUCGACUCCCUCUCCAUCGUCGCACGCCACCAGUGGCGCAAAGCCAAGGAGUGGUGGGCCCGGAGACAGGCACCCCCCUGGCCCGAGGCUCCCCCCAGCCCUCAGGGCCGGGACAACCUGGGCCUCGAUAUAGACGAUGACCUGCCCACUUUCACCUCUGCCUUGUGCCUGCCUCCAGCCCCAGCAGCCCAGGUGCCGGGCACGCCGCCCCCCAGAUACAACACCUUGCGCUUGGAGAGGGACUUCCCCAGCCAGCUUGCGGACACUGAGGUGCCAGCUGAGUCCUGAGGCAGGCUGGGGAAGAAAGACCGAGCCAGGACCGCCAGCCAUGGUCUGAAAGCUUAGACCCUGUCUCCUGCACACGGAGGGGAUCCUCUGCACCCCCUCUGGGCUUUUCAGAGACAUUUACUACAGGUCUCUUUUGAACAAGGCGGGGCCUGGGCAUGUGCAGGGGACUGUUGGACCCCACCCAGCAAUGCUCCCAGCCGCCCAGGAUGAGAUAGUUCCUGCAGCCCAAACCCUUAGGACAUCUGCUACCGAGACAGAUGGGGCCCAGGAAACGCGGCCGGCCUGGACAAAGGCCAGGAGUGAAGCCUGACCGAGUUCUCCGCCAGAUCUUCAGAGAGAAAGACUCCUCCAAAGCCCCGAGCUGGGGGUUUCAGCCACUCCCCCAGCCUGGGCUGGGACCCAAGGAUGUGACCUUAGGUGUUGAGGCCUGACAAUCACUGCCUGGUGCCAAAGAUAGGAAGGAGGAAGCUCCAGGCCCAGAGCCGUUCUUGAAUAAACUGCUUAGUCACUGACAUGGGGGCGAGGUCUGCUCUGUGCCCUCAGGCAGGAGCUGGCCCAGAGUGCUUGGAGCGUGCAGAGGGGAAGGGUGUACUGGAGGGAAGCCUGGGGGGUGUGACAGGAGGUCCUCACUCCAGGGGGGGCGUGGGACAUAUUCUGAGCAGCCAAGCCAGUGCUCUGGGCCCUUUCCCCAAGCAGAGAAGGGCCAGGUAAAGGACACUGUUGGACACUACUGUCCAGUGGUAGCCCGAGGCAUAACGGAUUAUCUCCUGAUGACCCGCCUCAGCUACUCCUCCUCCAGGGCAGACCCCGUACCCCCACCAAUGGCCUGCGCCUCACCGACAAGCCAGCCACGGACAGCCGCCUCCUGACGUACUCACGCCUUCCAGGGAGAUAAUAGCUAACAUGUGUUAAGCGCAUAGUAGGUGCUCAAUAUCAGCUCAGGAGCAGUGUUCUGGCUGCCUUCCUAAGCACUCACAGAGGUUGGCAUAGGAGACUGCAAACGACCACACACAGGCCAAAUCCUAUUUUUGCUUGUGACCUAAGAGUGAGUUGGAUGGUUUUUGGGGUUUUUUUUUUAAUAUUAUUAAAAAUAUCAAAAGAAGGACAGUUUGUGACCUGAAAAUUACACGCAAUUCAAAUAUCAGUGUCCGUAAUAAAAUUUUAUUGGAACACUGUCA